ACAUUCAAACAUGGCAGCGGCCAGGCGAAUUGCGGACGAUACUGUCCGUUACUAUUUGUUUCCAAAGCUCGAAAACCCGGUGAAGGCGAGACUAGAGCUCGAAAAGAGGGCCGAGCUGUACACGGCCAAGCUCCUACCCCUCAUCACCAGCUACAUCUGGCAAGACGAGCAGUUCAACCUGUGCGUCGUCGACGCACAAAGAGACGGUGUUCCGCCCCACCUGGAAGGUAGCACGUACUUCGGUGACAACGUCGAGGACGAAUGGUUCGUCGUGUACCUGCUCUACGAGCUCACCAAGGAUGACAAGGACUUGGUCGUCAAGGUCGAGGAUACGGAUGGAGAGUUCCUGCUUAUAGAGGCUGCUGACCACCUUCCAAAGUGGUUGAACCCGGAGACGAGCGAAAACCGAGUGUACAUCUAUCGCAACAGUCUGCAUGUGGUGCCCCUGGAGAAUGGCAAGGCCUCGGAAAAUGCCCCAGUGCCUAGAAUUGAUGAGGCCAUCACGCAGAUCAGGUCUCCGAUUGCGAAGACAAAGGCAACCCCGGCAGUGCAGAAGUCUCUGGCAGCACGCUUUCACGAUGCACCAGCGAGGCAUCGUGCCAGCCGUCACCGGGCCCACUGCUAUCUUCCGGCAGCAGCUGUGGCCUUGCUACAAAGGGACCCUGCCUUGCUGGGACCCGCAGUGGGAGCCUUCGUGUCACGUGACCCUAUUGACCUGAAGGCGCUCAGGGCCAUGAGGCACUUCCCACCCGAGACACGCGUGAUGGCGGAGGUGUGCUUCACCCGUUGCCUCUACGCUCAGCUGCGGCAGCAGCGCUUCACCCCCGACCGGCGAGUUGGCUGGAACAUGCCACCCCCUCACGCUCCCGAGUUCAUUGCCCACGACCUAGGCCUCAAAUUGGCUUGCGGGCUGGAGAUUCUGGCUGCCGGGUCGGACAAGACGACCUCCAACGGUGAACCCGACCUUGUCGAGCUUGGCGAUGACGUUCGGUGGAAGCGCUUCCUCAAGAGCCUCAGCACCAAGGGUUACUUUCAGGGCGAACUGGAAGGGUCUAAGUUGUACCACAGCCUGCUUCAGCGCGCCCGCGAGUACUUUGUGCAGACGGUCGCUGCAGCGGAGGAUGGGGAGAGCGAGCGCCGCGGAAGGUGCUCGGCUCGCGCGCGGGUCUCGCGCCUAUUGCGGCAGCUUGACGUCAACGUCGAGAAACUUCGCGAAGAGGGCGAGAAUCUGGGAGAGCCAGAUGACGAAAAAUGGAUGGAGGUGACACCUCAGGAUUUGGAUCGCCUGCUCGAGGACUACUCUUCCCGGAGUUCUGGAGGAGAGAAACUCAAGGGCACAGAAGCCACGCACAAGAACGAAGAAACCCUUGGGAAGACAAUUGCAGAGAGCCUAGAUCGCUUCGUGCGUCACGUCUCCGACUACGAAGGAGCGGAAGUGCCAUCGAAUGCAGCGGCCAAAGGGAAGUCACAGCCAAGCGAAGCCAACAAUCAAGCCAAAGGCGACGGCAUUGACUUUGAUCCUGACCGUUUCGUCGAGGCGCUCGGUGCUAUUCUCGACUUCAAGCUUCCGCAGUCGGAUGAUGAGUCAAGUUCAUCCAUGAGCAGCUAUGGAGAUGAAGUUGACUCUCACGAUCGCUUGGCCGACGUAAUUAACGGUGAUGAAGACAGCUAUGUCAGUGACGACGAGGACAACGACCUGAACGGACCUGGAGUGGACCUGUCACGCCUUGCGUUGGACAUGAAGAGCUACAUGGAGCUGAUGGACCAUGAACUGGCAGGAACAAAUGUUGGGCUGAGCUUCGAACGGCAGCCGGCUGCCAAGCCGGCAGCAGCUAAGAAGGAGGCCAAUCCAGAUUCCGCAUCGUCACCUUCCAAGCAGGCCAAGGAAGCACCGCGAGCCAUGGCGGAGAGCCUCGACGAACUAGACUCCGACGAUGACGAUGAGGCCGCUGGUGGCGACGGAUACCGGCCUGUCGACGUCAAUCUGACGGCACUCAAGAACAUUCUCGAGUCAUACAGCUCCCAGGAGGGGCUUCCAGGUCCCGCCGGGAACCUUCUCUCGGCCAUGGGGAUCAGCGUUCCAUGCAACGAGGAUGAUCAAUGAACAUUGUGUCUUCACAACAUAGGGCUGACUGUUUGAGCUACGUAUGAUGCGCUGCAAGUGUUCCAGCUUUUAUCGGUUGCUUCCAAGUCCAGCCGCAACGAUGUGUGCAACGUGUACAGUGUGUGUUUGUGAAGAAGGUGCAGUGGAAGUGUUUAAAUGUCUUCCUUCGUAGCAACGACUCAGUACUACUGGCAGUAAUGCCCGUCACAGAAGCAGCGAGUGUCCCGAACUGCCACAAUUACCACGUUCUGAUAUGCCGCUUAAUUGAUUAAAUAUUUAGAUUGCACGACUUCAUUGACAAUGUUAUGUCCACCCAGUAAUAGAGAUAGAGUAAAAAAGGAUUGAUACCACAAGUUUUCACGAGCUGAAAAACAUAAAGAAAGAUUCAGAAUUUAUCUUUACAAACUGAAAAUUUAUUCUCUCCAUUCGUUCUUGGACAUUUCUUUAGUACUAUCUUCUCACUGUCACUGCGUAUAGACUCCUACAUUGUAUGUUGUGUCUGAGACAACUGGUUUUUAUGAAUGAAUGUACAACAAACAUUAUGAGGGGUAGGAGGGUAGUCUAUACUAGCCAAUUUGUGUGGCAAUACAUGCAAGACCCCCAUAUGCAAAAGAGAGGACACUGCUAUGUUGCGGCAAACUUUGAACGUACUUUCAUAAUGAAAACUUACUGUUGCCAGCAAUUUAUGAAAAAAAAAACCUCUUUUGGAUUGCCACCUUUAGAUGACAACGUUGAUAAUGGUGACUCUAAUAGCAGGGUGCUGCCAGCACUGCAAACGCUAUUCUGGUUUUGUCUCGUCUGGUUGCAAUGCAAAGACAGUUUUCAGAUCCACGGAGUAUAAAGCGUGCAUUAGGGUAGGGAAACUGGGGUACUCAUGUAUGUAAUCAACAAAGUGCAGCAACUAGGAAAGUAAUAGAAGAAGAGUCCAUGUUGCAAUUGCCUUAUUGAAGCCAAUCGGUGCAUAAAGCAUGCACACUUUGGUGGAACCGCGUGACUUGCGCCAGUUCUAAUGUAGUCGUCUUAUGCUACAUGUCGACAUCCUGUAGGUUUUUCUAAUUGCUGCACAGGUGAUAAUUGUGGAGUAAAUGUAGACUAUAAUGCCGUUGUACGUAUCUGAAAGUUUGGGGAGGGAUGUGUUGAAACUCGUGCUGGUUUUGGGAUCCUUAAUUGCCCUAAAGUAAUUAAUUAAGUGGUUGGAUCGUUACUUUUAGUGGUCGAGUAGAUAAUUUGGUAUUAUAACACAUUGAAUGGUGCCUGCUGCUAGUAAUACUGUAAUUCAUUGCUGCAAAAAGACACAUUCUCUCCACUGAACUGAAUCUCUGCUCUUCCCAUUUUAUAGUUCUGCAAGUGUGAAGUUCUGCUCUUGUAUAGUUCUGCAAGUGCAAAUUGAACAGAAGAAACUGUCAGUAUUCGUUCACUCACAAGCAAGCUGCUGUGUUAUUACAUGCAGUGUUCGCCACAUGCGUCCCAAGUGUGCGUGUGGACGUUGGGAUAGCAGUGUUCGCAUUCCUGCCUGAAUAAAAAUGUCACACG